AUGCUUCUCUGUGGGCUGAUUGACGAGCUGAGCACUGCACGUCUGCCUCUUCACGGGCGAUUAGUUUCAUACUUUUUCUGCCAGGCCACAGACUCAAAUCUCAAUAACGCACUGGCUGUACUUCGUGGCUUGAUUUACACGAUUGUUAGACAGAACCGGGCGCUUAUCAAAUAUGUUCAUCAGGAAUGGAGAGUUGCGGGGAAAGGCCUCUUCGAGGACUCUAAUGCCUUUGAUGCUUUGAUCAUGAUCCUUGAUAAUAUUCUUGAGCAUGACACACAGGCAGAGCGCGUCUUCAUAAUCGACGCGCUUGACGAGUGCUCUAAGGAUCUCCCAAAGCUGCUACGCUUCAUUGCUCGGCAAUCGUCGGGAAAGCGAGCUAAGUGGAUUGUAUCUUCACGUAACCAGCCUGAAAUGGGAGAGCGUCUUGAAACAAUGACUCAGAAGACGAUAUUGAAUCUUGAGCUCAGCACAACACGCAUCGCUGAAGCUGUUAGUGUUUAUAUACGUUAUAAAGUUACCGAGCUGCAAGGGAUGAAGGGCUUCGAUGAUGGUUGGAGCAACAAAAUCAUCCAGUAUCUUGACAGCAAUGCAAACCAGACAUUUCUGUGGGUGGCCAUGGUUUGCGAGCGUCUACAGAAUUCCAAAUCGUGGAAGAUACUUGAUGAUCUGAAAGAGUUGCCUGCUGGACUCAAUGCUCUUUACGGGCGGAUGAUUCGUUAUGUCAAAGACUCGGAAGAUGCUGAUCAUCUCUUCGAAGUUCUUUCACUUGUCUCUGUCGCCCAUCGGCCUAUGAGCCUCUCCGAAAUGGCGGCCAUUCUCAAUAUACCGAGCGAGAUCACAAUGGACGAAAAGUUUCUACGAGAACUGAUUGGCUAUUGUGGUUCAUUUUUGGCGAUAAGAGACGACUCUGUGUAUUUCAUACAUCAAUCUGCUCAAGAGUUCUUGCUCCAUCAGGCGGCUAAUCUGGUCUUCCCUGGUGGGAUAGAGAAGAAACACAGCUCCAUCGCCCUGAAGUCGAUAAAUGUACUAUCUGGUAUCCUCAAGCGUGAUAUCUACGAUCUGGGAGAGCCAGGAAUCUCAGUAUCCGAUAUCAAACCUCCUUCUGAUAGUGUAUUAGUCCGCACUCGAUACGCAUGCAGCGCGUGGGUUGAUCACCUUAUCGACGCCAAAAUCUUUGGUCCGGCGGCAACCACUGAAGCCUUGUUGGUGAUUGAAGAAGUUGAGAAAUUCUUUAGAACUUAUUUCCUAUAUUGGCUUGAAGCUCUUAGCCUCCUAGGUACUAUUACAAGCACGUUGCGUUCCAUUUCUACGCUGUUAGGUUCAAUCCCGGUUUGUAAUACCAUGAAAGCCGGUGCCUUGUAUCAAGCUAACUUUCCCUGAAGCGAGAUGAAGCGAAGAACUCACUGGGCAACUUAGUAUAUGAUGCCCAGAGAUUUCUGCGUUAUCACGGGGCCAUGAUAGCAAAAUAUCCCCUGCAGAUCUACAUCGCCGGUCUCCUCUUCAGUCCGACUGAAAGUAUCACAAGGAAGCUUUUCCAGCACGAGGAGCCAAAAUGGGUGACGCUUAAUUUACCGAUCAAGAAGCAAUGGGGAGUUAUGCGACAGCAUCUCGAAGGACAUACUGACACUGUAAACUCAGUUGCCUUCUCGGCAGAUGGUCAAUUGAUUGUUUCAGGGUCUUUUGAUAACACAGUUCGCGUGUGGUCUGCUGAAAGCGGUGAAUGUCAACAAAUGCAUUAUGGAUAUGGCGAUCCAGCUCAAGUCGUCAAUUUCCUGGAUGACGGAAAUCUCAUGGCAGCAUCUGCAUAUAAGGCUAUUAAUUUUAAUGCCUCUGAAGACCGUAUCUAUCACUACAUAAGAGAACAUCAUGGCCCCAGAGUAUAUCCGGUAACCUGUUCCAUUUCGUGUGAUGGGAAACUGGUAGCACUAGGCCUCAACGAUCACCGUAUCGAUAUAUCGCCGGUUGACAGCAGUGGAAACCGGCAGGUGCUCCGCGGACAUGCAGGCUGGGUUUAUGCCCUGGAGUUCUCACCGACUGGGAAACUCUUGGCAUCUGGCGGCGACGAUAAGACCGUACGACUCUGGUCAUUACCAAGUGGACGGUGCAAUCAGAUUCUUGAAGGUCAUGAUAGUCCAGUUAUUUCCAUCGCCUUUUCAGCUGAUGGUCAACUCGUUGGAACUGGAUGCACAACAGAUGAAACCAUACGAAUAUGGUCUGUAGAGAGAGGUGUCUGCAUGCAGAGUUUAAUGGGCCAUUCCGGCGGCGUGUGCUCCCUCGCAUUCUCCCCGAACUCUCAUAUUUUGGUUUCGGGGUCUUUUGAUACGACUGUGCGUCUUUGGUCCAUAAAAUCGGGGGAGCAACUCAGAAUAAUCGAAACCCACCACAGCGCUGUUAAUGCGGUAGCUUUUUCGCCUGAUGGCAAUUUGGUAGCAUCUUGCGCGCUUGAUUAUAUUCGGAUCUCAUCGCUCGAAGAAAUUAGCUAUCAGAAACCGCCCAGAAAUCCCAUGGCUGUCGAAGAUGAGGACACUGAGGGACAGAAAGGUUCCGUUACCUGCCUUGCGUUUUCAGGCAAGCUUUUCGCCUCAGCAUCAAAAGACUGCACCUUGCGAUUGUGGUCUAUUGAUGAUCUUAUGUGUCUGUACAGUACCAAGGUAUCUGGCGAUGGGAUAACCUGCAUCAAAUUCUCUCCCGACGAAAAUUUCAUCGGAGCCGCGACAAUCAACAGGACUAUUUUUCUUUGGUCAAUAGCCACUUCUAGCUCCGGUGGAAUUCGCCUCUUCAAAACCUUUAGCGCUCAUGAGUACUGUAUCAACUCGCUUGCCUUUUCCAGUGAUAGUAGGAGACUAGCGAUAGCCUCUAUCGACGAAACCGUACGAAUAUGGUCCAUGAUUGAGGACAAUGAUGAUUACGAGAGUCUCAAAGCACACAAUGGAGGUAUUACUGCCAUUGCUCUUUCUCCACACAUUUUGGUUUUAGGGUCAACAUAUCAGACAGUCCAGGUUUGGUCGUUUGAUGGAUCUGUGUACAACCAUCUUUGGGGAUUAACUGCUCAUAGCGCAUCCAUUACAUCGGUUGCAAUUUCAUUCGAUUCUACUCUAGUUGCGUCUUCGUCGUGGAGCGACUCUAUUCUAA